AUGGAUACAACCCAACUAGGAACCCUCAUUAUGAAAUUAGGAGCAGCAAAUGCCAAAGCAACGUUGAAUGUAUAUAAUGAAAUAAUUAAGAAACCAGGUUCUCCCCAGGCUUUGAAAGCUCUUAAUUGUUGCGUUGAAGCUUACAAAUAUGCAAUCUUAUCAUUUGAAAUGGUAUCUUCAGAAUUGGUUGAAGAUCCCCAAACCGCAAACUAUGAUGUAGCUGUUAUAGGUCCCGAAAUUGCUAAUUGUGAAAAGGAGUUGAUUAACGCAAAGGUUCAAGCACCUCGACUCCUUGCUGGGAAUCGAUUUAUAAAAUAUUAUGUCUCAAUGGGAUAUGAGAUAACAUCAACUCUCGAGCUUGAAAAUCCAAAUGAGUAUUAG